AUGGCUGGAGCGAGCUGUCCAGAUGCCACCAUUACCAUCACAACGCAAACCGAUGCAGAUAAGCUCGGCCAAUGUCAAACCUUUGACGGGGAUAUAGUUCUCACACCUACAAUCAAAGAAGAUAUUACUUUGAGGGGCAUCCAGAAAAUUAACGGGGCUUUAUACACCGGGCCCGGCACGGAUACAGCAGAUAAACCAACAAAUGCGCAGUUCACGCUAUCCAGCAAUACACUUACAAGCAUCAGUGGGAAUUUAACUCUAAGUUCUAUGCCUGGCCUAUAUGGUCUUUUCCUGCCCAAUUUGACCACUGUCGGUGGCCCUGUGACCAUGUCCGAAUUACCAGUGCUCGCCAAUUUAUCUCUCCAAAGCAUCAAUUCGGUUGGCAACAUUCGCAUUAUUUCAGCUCCCAAAUUAGUUAAUGCUACAAUGGGCUCAAAGACUGUAACCACGGAUCCUACCAUCGGUUUAAAACACAUUACCGACCCGACAGAUGCUACGAUCGAAGUCCGCAAUGUCGGUCUCAGCAAUGUCGAUGGCUUGAUCGAUCUCUAUAAUGCAUCCAAUUUGAUUCUCAAGGACCUGCCAAAUCUCAACUCGGUCAUCUUGCGUACCGGAAACAUUGACCAGGUCGAGAUUCAGGGAAAUAACGAUUUAACGGUCUAUACGUGGGAAGGGUCGAUAUUUACUGACACCCCUCAGCCUAUCAUUGGAACACUCAACAUCAGCGGUGUGAAGCAAGUCGAUCCAUGUUUGUGGCCGGAUGUACACAAUUUCAUUGCAGUCAAUAAUUCCAUCGAGUAUCUUCAUUUCGGUUUCAAAAGCCUACAACGGAUUGAAGUACGCGACAAUCCCAACCUGCGGAGAUUCUUGCCUUGGAAUGGCCCGGACUUUGCUACCAUCAAUGUCUGGUUGUGGAAUCUUACCGAUCUCAUCAUCAAAGAUAAUCCGUUGUUGACGCUUCAACACUCAUUUCCUCGUGCCGCAAACGAUACUUUGACGGCGCAGCAGUGUCCAUUUAUGUUCCGUGAACAGAAAGACGACUGGUACUGGUGGCCAUUUCAUAUGCAGUCCUUGGUCAUUGAUGCCAAUAUUGAUAAUACGUAUUUGUGA